AUGGUCAAGGUGACCACGGAGCAUUUCCAAGGUUUCUUUCAAGAGAGGGCAGUAGAUGUAGAGCAGGGAAAUGUAUUUUUAGAACAAGUGUCCCGGCAAGUGCCGGAGGACAUUAGAAAAGCAAUGGAGGCUGCCCGGGAUGGAUGGGCUUCCGGCUGAGUUUUACCUCAAGUUUUGGGGUAUACUUGGGCCAGUAGUCCUAAAAGUCUUGAAGGCCAUCCUCGAGACAGGGGAUCGAUGGCCAUAG